AUGGCCAAUACUCAACCCAAGAAGAAGCAAAAACCAACCAACACUCAACCUAACUCAAGUCAAGCAUCAAGUAGCAAUCAAUCACAGGACCAAUCCAGCACGGGAAAACGAUGGACAGACUCUGAAGUCCUUGCUGCAUUACAACUUUACAAACAAGACAAGGAUUGGGAAAAGGUUGCGAGAAAAAUUAAGGAAUUAUUUGACAACAAAGAAUGGAAUUGGCAUGUGCGUGGUGACAAGAGUUGUGCUGAAAAGUAUCGCAGAUUGAAGGAGGAAUUGAAAAAGGAAAUUAUUGAAUAUAGAUCAAAACUCUCAGAGAAAUUUAAUAAUCACACUCUGAAAAUUAAUCAAGAUGUCGAAUUAUGUAUUGACGAGGUAGUUAUUGGUAAAGGUACCAUCUUGAGUGCAAAUCCAUCUAAUAACGAAGAUUUAUUCCAUUGCCACGGUAAAACAUAUCCAUACAACCAAUUUGCUAAAAUUACAAUCAAGUCCCACGAUGCAAGUAAGAAAAAUUUACUCUUACCAUCAUCAGUCGUGACAUCUGAAUUUAAGACAGUUGGUGAUUUGCAACAAGGUUCCAUCAUUGCUUUUCCUUUAACAAAUUUAUUGAUUUUGAGAACUUUUGAUUUAUUUGAACCAAGUAAUCCCAUUUUGAAAGAAGUGUGGGAUAUUGAACGUGAUAAUCAACAAUUUUUAUUGACCACCGGAGAACUUAAUUCUAAUCCAGAAGACAAUGUAAUUGAUCUUGUUGAACGUGAUAUUCAAGACACCGAUCGUAGAAGAAAUGCUAUCCAAGAAAGAACAGAUAUUCAGCGCAUGCAUACCAUUCAACAUAUGACAUUCUAUAGAAACAGUGAGAAGUGGGCCGAAGUAUUGGAUAAAUUAACGGAGACAUUCGAACUGGCCAACACUCUUAUGAAGUCACAUCAGGGCAAAGAUAAGGUUGUUGUGUUGUCUUAUAAUGGAAAAAGAAAGAAGGUAGUUGUUUCUGACAUCAAAGUAUUGAUUUACUUGUCUGGUGAUUUUCUUUCAUUCCUUCAGGAAAGAGUAACUUUAGGGGUGUGUACUUUUACUGAUUUAUUGAACAGAAUAGUUCUUACAACCUCCGAAGGAUUUAUUGUCAAUGACACGUAUUCAUUUGAAGCUCUUUCUUCAACAGAAACCACUGAACUCUCCAUCAGUGUCAUUGAUAGAAUGCACGAUGAUGAAUAA